AUGAAGCGAAAGCUAGACGAGAACGAUGUCCCUACGUCGGCGGACCCGGCGGAAAGCAAAAAACCCGCCAAAUGUUUCGAGGAUUUUGGCCUCGAUCCUCGAUUACUUCAGGCCUUAACACUGCAAAAAUUUUCGAAGCCCACGUUAGUCCAGGCGGAGGCAAUUCCUCUAGCACUCAGUGGGAAGGAUAUCCUGGCAAGGGCAAAAACUGGAUCCGGAAAGACGGCAGCAUAUCUACUUCCAAUACUGCAGAAGAUUUUACAGAAGAAAGCUGCUGACCCCGCACACAAAUCGAUAUCGGCGUUGAUUCUAGUCCCGACGAGAGAACUCGCCCAACAAGUACAUAAAACAGUCACUGCCUUUUCGGAAUUUUGCUCCAAGGAUAUACGAUCGGGGAAUCUCACUCAAAAGGUCUCUGAUGCCGUUCAACGUGCGCUCCUCGCCGAUCUGCCUGAUAUCGUUAUUUCUACUCCCGCUCGCGCGAUUGUCAAUGUGAAUAAUUCCGCGCUUGCACUUGACGAUAUUUGCCAAGUGGUUAUCGAUGAGGCAGAUCUGGUCCUCUCAUACGGAUAUGAGCAAGAUAUGCAGAGCUUGGCGAAAGCAAUUCCGCGUGGUGUCCAGACUUUCUUAAUGAGUGCUACACUCACAUCUGAGGUCGACACCUUGAAGGGAUUAUUCUGUAGAAGCCCGGUCAUCUUGAAGCUCGAGGAAGCAGAGGAUGAAGGCGCGGGAAUAAGUCAAUUUGCUGUCAAAUGCGCGGAAGAUGAAAAGUUCUUGCUUACAUACGUCAUAUUUAAACUACAGCUUGUGAAGGGCAAAUGCAUAGUAUUUGUUGGAGAUGUUGAUCGAUGCUAUCGCCUCAAACUGUUCCUGGAACAGUUUGGUAUCAAGAGCUGCAUUCUUAACUCCGAGUUGCCAGCGAAUUCCCGAAUACAUGCCGUCCAGGAAUUCAACAAGGGCGUAUACGACAUCAUCAUUGCCGCCGAUGACCAAGAAGUCCUAGGCAAAGCUGCAUCCAAGAAGGAGACGAUUGAGAGCGAGAACCAGGAAUCAAGCAAAACAGCAGAUGUACCCAUCGCGAAAACGGGCACUGAAGAAGACCAGGAGCUUAGCGAGCCUGAAGAGGAAGAAAAACCGGCACCAUCUAAUAAAAAUAAGAAGCGGAAAAAAUCGGGCAAGGAAAAGGAUUACGGUAUUUCUCGUGGAAUAGAUUUCCAAGAUGUCGCUUGUGUGAUCAACUUUGACCUUCCAACAACCGCCAAAUCAUAUACCCACCGUAUUGGUCGAACGGGUCGAGCCGGUAAAACUGGUAUGGCCCUUUCAUUUGUUGUUCCAUCCGAACUAUAUGGGAAACAUAAACCUACCAUUCUCCCAUCAGCGAAGAACGACGAAUCAGUCCUUGCCAAAAUAGAAAAACGUCAGGCCAAGUUAGGACGGGAAGUCAAGCCAUACCAUUUCGACAAGAAACAAAUUGAGGUAUUCAGGUACCGAAUGACAGAUGCCCUCCGUGCGGUCACUAGGGUAGCGGUUCAGGAAGCCAGGUCAAAGGAGAUUAGGCAGGAGCUUGUCAAGAGUGAGAAAUUGAAAAGACAUUUCGAAGAGAACCCCCAAGAGCUACGCCAGUUAAGGCACGAUGGUGAACUAGGAUCUGUGAGAGUACAGGGCCAUUUGAAGAAUGUCCCGGAUUAUCUAAUGCCAACAAAGGGGAAGAGUUCAUUAACGAGUGAGGAUAUUGGUUUCGUUGGGCUACGCAAGCCGAAGGAGAACAGGAUUCGACAAGCCAGACAGAAGAACCGGACUAAGGGAAGAGUUGCAAGGAAGGGUAGUUCGGGGAGAAAGGUUGACCCGUUGAAGUCGUUCAAAUCAAAAUAG